AUGGCCACUAACGGUACCAACACCACCAUCAAUGGCAACACCGGCACCGGCACCGGCACCACACACACCCAGUCGCAGCGCUAUUUGAGCACUCGCGGCGAGGACAGUGGUUUCUCUUUCGAGGAGGCCGUCCUCAAGGGCCUCGCCAGCGACGGCGGUCUUUUCAUCCCCGAGCACAUUCCCCAGGUCGACAACUGGCAGGCCUGGAAGGAUCUCUCUUUCCCCGAGCUCGCUUACGAGAUUCUGUCCCUCUACAUCUCCCCCUCCGAGAUCCCCUCCGAUGACCUCAAGGGCAUCAUCAACCGAAGCUACGCCACCUUUAGAGCCCCCGAGACCACACCGCUCCGUCACCUCAAAGACAACCUCUACCUCCUCGAGCUUUUCCACGGCCCUACCUUUGCCUUCAAGGAUGUCGCUCUGCAGUUCCUCGGCAACCUGUUUGAAUACUUCCUGGUGCGCAAGAACGAGGGCAAGACAGGAAAGGGUAUGCACCCGUAG